AUGGCAUCACAAAUAGCAAAAACCUUCAUAAAAGCAACUCGCCCUACUUCCGCCGUGAAAUUUGAUACUACGAGGCGUGCGCUCAGUGUGGGUGCAACAUUACAGCAAAAGAAAAGUCUUCCGGACAAGACUGGCAAAAAUGUAGUGUUGGUGGAUGGAGUCCGAACACCCUUUCUUGUAUCUUUUACUGAUUAUGCUAAGAUGAUGCCACAUGAACUAGCUAGACAUUCAUUAUUGGGUCUUCUCCAAAAAACUGGCAUUCCUAAGGAAGUUGUGGAUUAUAUUGUAUAUGGCACUGUCAUUCAAGAGGUGAAGACUUCUAACAUUGGUCGUGAGGCAGCUCUAGCAGCAGGUUUUAGUGACAAAACACCCGCUCACACUGUGACCAUGGCCUGCAUAUCUUCCAACCAAGCUAUUACUACUGGUGUGGGCAUGAUAGCGGCGGGCGCGUACGACGUGAUAGUGGCGGGCGGCGUGGAGUUCAUGUCGGACGUGCCCAUCAGGCACUCGCGCAAGAUGCGCUCGUUGCUGCUGCGCCUCAACCGCGCCAAGACGCCCGCGCAGAGGCUCUCCUUGCUGGCCUCCAUCCGACCUGACUUCUUCGCGCCUGAGCUGCCGGCGGUGGCCGAGUUCUCCUCCGGCGAGACGAUGGGCCACAGCGCGGACCGCCUCGCCGCCGCGUUCGGCGCCUCGCGCCAGGAGCAGGACGAGUACGCGCUGCGCUCGCACACGCUGGCCGCCGAGGCCCAGCAGAAGGGAUACUUCACCGACCUCUUACCUGUUAAAGUGGAGGGCAAGGACGGGCUGGUGGAUAAGGACAACGGCAUUCGCGUGUCCAGCCCCGAGCAGCUCGCCAAGCUGCGGCCCGCCUUCAUCAAGCCGCACGGCACCGUCACCGCCGCCAACGCCUCCUUCCUGACGGACGGCGCGUCGGCGUGCCUCGUGAUGUCGGAGGCGAAGGCCAAGGAGCUGGGCCUCAAGCCCAAGGCCUAUCUGCGGGACUUCACCUACGUGGCUCAGGACCCCGUAGACCAGUUGCUCCUGGGACCUGCAUAUGGAAUCCCCAAGGUCCUGGACAAAGCCGGUCUCAAACUCAGCGACAUCGACACCUGGGAGAUACACGAGGCCUUCGCUGGCCAAAUUCUUGCCAACUUGAAGGCUAUGGACUCUGACUGGUUCGCACAAACUUAUCUGGGACGUCAGUCUAAGGUGGGCGCCCCGGACCUGGCCAAGUGGAACAAGUGGGGAGGCUCACUCUCCAUCGGACACCCCUUCGCUGCUACUGGGGUGCGUCUGGCGAUGCACACUGCGCACCGCCUCGUGCGCGAGGACGGCCAGCUCGGGCUCAUCUCGGCGUGCGCGGCCGGCGGCCAGGGCGUCGCCAUGCUGCUCGAGAGGCACCCCGACGCCACCGCCGAC